AUGUUUCGCAAUCAAUAUGAUCAGGACAUGUUGACAUGGAGUCCACAGGGACGCUUGCAUCAGGUGGAGUAUGCGAUGGAAGCCGUGAAGCAAGGAAGUACCGUUGUAGCUUGUGGUAAUAAAAAGUGCGCUGUGCUCGCUGCUUUGAAGCGCAAACAAUCGAAGCUAUCUUCGAUGCAAGAAAAGAUUUUCGCAAUAAACACACGAGUGGGCGUCGCAGUGUCAGGUCUUUCAACAGAUGGGGCAAAGUUAGUAAAACUUCUUCGCGAGGAAAGUACAAGAGAAGAGUUUGUGUACGGUCGAAGCGCAUGCCCUGGUCGGCUCGCUGCAGCAGCUUCAAAAUCAUUACAGAUCUCUAUGCGAAAAAGCUCAGGACGGCCUUGUGGAGUCGGUUUGGUACUUGUUGGUUCAAGUGAACAGCUCGGUUGUCAAAUCUUCCAAACUUGUCCUAGUGGUGAAGUUCACCAAAUGUCGUGCACUGCAAUAGGUGGGAGGUCACAGUCAGCACGAACAUAUCUUGAAAAAAAUAUGGAGGCCCUCGAGACUGCCAGCGUUGACGAGAUGAUCAUGAUUGCACUGAGAGCGCUAAACGAAUCGAAUGUAGAUGCUAGUGAUCUCACAUCGGACAAAUGCGAAGUGGCGAUAGUAGAGCUAAACACUUAUACGUUGAAAAGCGCGGCAGAAGUGACUACCCUGUUGACAAAUCUUUAA